GAGAAAGACUAACUUCCGGCCUGGCUGUUGUCUGGGUGGCGCGGUCGAGUCAUCGCUGGGCCUCACCGCUUGUUUCUUCCAUCCCAGCCCCCCGCCCCGGUGCGGGGGGUCGAUCAGCCGAGCGCGGCGGGAGGCGACGUGGACCUUUCCUAUCAUUUUGUCUUGGCCAGCGACCUGUCUACCCGCGCUGGGGCCUGGGGUCCUUGGGGCCCGCGAGGCCCGGUCUGAGGGGCCUGGGCCUACGCUGGCCCGCCGCGGGGCCCCAUGAGGCAUAGCCUGACCAAGCUGUUGGCAGCCUCGGGCAGCGAUUCCCCGUCCCGCAGUGAGAGCCCGGCGCCGGCCGCGACCUGUUCUCUGCCCCUGGACCUGACCCGGGCGGCAGCAAGCGAGGAGGAGACGGCGGCGGCCGGAUCGCCCGGCCGCAAGCAACCGCACCGCGACGAGGGCGAGUUGGAGGCCGGGAGGGGGAGCCGCGACGGCGUGGCCGUGCGCGCGCCCUCGCCCGAGGAGAUGGAGGAAGAGGCUGUUGCCAGCGUCCCUGGGGAAGAAACGGAGGACAUGGACUUUCUGUCUGGGCUGGAACUGGCGGAUCUGCUGGACCCCAGGCAGCCGGACUGGCACCUGGAACCCGGGCUUAGCUCGCCUGGGCCUCUCUCCUCAUCUGGCGGAGGCUCCGAUAGUGGCGGCCUGUGGAGGGGGGACGAUGACGACGAGGCUGCGGCCGCUGAGAUGCAGCGCUUUUCUGAUCUGCUCCAGAGGCUGUUAAACGGUAUCGGAGGCUGUAGCAGCGGCAGUGACAGUGGCAGCGGGGAGAAGAGGCGGAGAAAGUCUCCUGGAGGAGGAGGCAGUGGCGGCAGCGGCAACGACAACAACCAGGCGGCGACCAAGAGUCCCCGGAAGGCGGCGGCGGCCGCUGCCCGUCUUAAUCGGCUGAAGAAGAAAGAAUAUGUGAUGGGCCUGGAGAGUCGAGUCCGGGGUCUGGCAGCAGAGAACCAGGAGCUGCGGGCCGAGAAUCGGGAGCUGGGCAAACGCGUCCAAGCACUGCAAGAGGAGAGUCGCUACCUACGGGCAGUCUUAGCCAACGAGACUGGACUGGCUCGCUUGCUGAGCCGGCUGAGCGGCGUGGGACUGCGGCUGACCACCUCGCUCUUCAGAGACUCGCCCGCCGGUGACCAUGACUACGCUUUGCCGGUGGGAAAGCAGCAGCAAGACCUGCUGGAAGAGGACGACUCCGCGGGAGGAGUGUGUCUUCAUGUGGACAAGGAUAAGGUGUCGGUGGAGUUCUGCUCGGCGUGCGCUCGGAAGGCGUCGUCUUCUCUUAAAAUGUAGGGUCAAGUAAUCUGCUCUUUAUCCGCGUUUACCCCUUUCAACUCCCUUACACCAUGUAAAACACCUUAGUGGGACAUCUUCACUGGACACAUUACAGAGGAGGAAAAAAAAUUUCUUUUUUAGGUGAUUUCCUUCCUGCCAGGCUCCGUUGUAGGGGUUACAGAACAGUCGUUCCCGCCUCACAACCUGGUAAGGAUCCAUCUCUUCACGUAACGCUCAUGCUCUGCUGCUUAGUCUACUUUAAUGGGCAACAUCUCAAUUUGUGUGUGUGUGUGGUUUUUUUUUUUUUUUUUUCUUGUUUGGAAGGUGGGAGGGGAAUCUAAUUUGGGCCCUGUCCACCCUGGAAACAGACUUGUGCUGGUCAAUGUAUUUAAGAUGCUUCUUCUGGUUGAAAUAGCUGUUAAUGUGUCCCCUUGUUCAGACUUGCGUGUACCUAGCUCUUCUGUCCCCAGUGUGGACAUGGCCUUGGAUGACAUCGGUUCCAACUGUACACUGAAACCUGCUUAUAGAGAUACAGUUUGGAGACAGUGAAACAGGUGAAGUUGAAUGGAAGUUCCGAGUUGUACAAGGUGCAAAUUGGAAUUCCAAAUUUAGAGCAACUUUUCAGAGGUUGACAAUAAAUAUUUGAGGCAUGCACAAAUGUGAUAGCUUUUUUUUGCUGGAGAUGACAGAAAUCUCUUAAAUAUUCAAGAUUGCCUUUUAGUUUUCACUAGAAGAUAUAGAAAUACAAUCUAUUCAGAUACAGAUUCUAAUCUCUCACCAUUAGAGAAGUUGGAAAUUAACGUACUUCUGUGUUUUAACUAAUUGGAUGAAGAAUAAGAAUGGUUAAUGAAAUGUUUUGGUUUUUUUUUUUUUGAGGACCAGCACAGUGAUUAUCCUAUCACUGUGUAUGAACAAAUUGUUGAACGCCUUUAUUUUUGUUGUAUUAAAAUUUAGGUUAAAUUUUUGUAUGUAUGAUUAGAUAUUGAAGAUUGUGAAAUGUGAAUGAAAAAGUGUAAAGUGAGGCUUCACAAAGAAUCUCUCUAUUUGAAAAGUAUUAACUGUAUUUAAAAAUACUUUUUAAAAUUGAGUGGUUCUGGCCACUUAAUGAUAUGAUUGAUGCUAUUUUUCAAAGAAGGAACAUAUUCUUCCCUUUAAGUACUCUUAACUAUUGAUGUCCUUCAGUGUAAGAGGCAAUAAAUUCUUUGUGAAACAUCACUGUUUGAUAAAAUAUAUACGUAUUUAGCAUCCUUGUUUUUCUUUGUGCUAAAGUGGAUACAGCUGUUGGGGCAGAAGAGACGGGACCAGCUGCUGGCCACAUUUCCUGCUUUAUUUUAAAAGGUAGUAUAAGAAAUGAGGAAAAAGAGGUAACAUCAGGGCUUCUGCUGUCUUUUAUUUUUGAAAUGUUCAUAAUUAAAAAAUAUUUUCCAGCAGUCCAAAGAUGUAAGUUAUCUUACACAUGUUUUAUUUUGUUGUUAUUUGGUUAUGGAAAUGGACUCUUUGUUCUUGCACAACUGUAAAUGUUUUUUGCUAGAUAAUACAGUUUGAGACCUAUAUUGGUCUCGGUUUCCAGUGCAUCACAGCAUAUUUUGUAAAAUCAUCUACUGCACUUCAGCAUGAAUGGGUAGUAGCCAAACUCACAACCUGGAAUAAUGAACCUGCUUAUAUAAGGGCAGGAACAAGCCCCUCACAAUGCAGCUGCAUGGAUUUUUAGUGCCUACUGAAUUUUUAUAUAUAUAUAUAUAUAUAAGUAUAUAUAUAUAUAUGUACACACACAUACACACACACACAUAAACCAAAAGUAAUUGGAAAAGAUUAUUUGAAAUGACUAAUUUGUGCUAUCUUUAUGAAAUAUGUUAAAUGUAGCUUUUUGAAAGAGAAGCCUUGAAUUGAAAUUUAACUAAUACUUGAACAUUUUUGUAUAUAUUUCUUUGUAUAUAAUUUUGUGCAGUACCAAUGACAAAAAUACGGUGUCAUAAUAAAACCGGGUUUGUUGAUCUUUCAGUCAUGGGCUCAAAGAAUUUAUUCAUCUCUAACAUGACCUUGGAAAAUAAUGAGUGAAAAUAGGAAAAAAAUGAUUGUUGUUAAUGCCGACUCUGGGUCUUAAUCAAAAGGUUCUGGAAGCAGUAAGUUCGUUUUUCUAAAAAUUAUACCAUUCCCUUGGAAUAUUUUCUUCCUAACAUCCGUGCUUUUACUGCAUUAUUUGAAGUUGGGGGCUGGGGAGAAACAGUAAUCAAAGCUUUCUGAAUUGGGAUGUUUUGAAAUUCCAAGUAUAGAUUUUUAGAAUGUCAUUUUAUAAAUGGCAAUUUGGAGAAUUACUUGAUUAAGAACUUUUGAAAAUGGAAAGAUUAGUAUUAUUUUUAAAGCUGCUUUGUUAGGUUUCUUGUGUUUUAUUAACUGUCUUUUCUCAGUUUCCAUUUCAUUAUUUCUUUUCUAGUUUUGGUGACUUAGUGAUUUUUGUCAUUUUUUUACAUCAACUCAUGGUCUUGUUUUUACAUGGUAAUUGCAUGUAUUUAGGACCUAUCUAACAGGGCUUUAAAUAAAUUUGGUCAUAUUUAUGUGUAAGCACAUUUUACUGUAAAUGUUUGGGUUUCUGAAUUUACAACAGAUGUUUAUUUCAGUAUGUAGUAAACAGUAUCUUAAAGUGUCCUAUUCACUACUUGUUAAUUAAAAAAGUUAUGAUUAAUAUGAAACUGUUGUCUUACUAUUUUUAGAAAAUUGUGUUCUGAAUGAUUAGUAUUUGGAUAAAGGAGAUUUCUGGAAUAUAAAAUGAUUGUUUGACAUUUUCAGGUUUGGUUAUGUUUACUUUAAUGGUUAGAAACAAUUUAGUAUUUGGGGAACUUUUGUCCUUUUUUCCCUUAAUUGUGCCUCUAUGGUAAAAUGAUAACAGACUAGACUAAAGAUUUAACUUUUGAAUACGGUGGCAGAAAUUCAUACAUUAAUUGAACUAACACAUCAUAUUGACCUAUUUCUAUCAUAUUGACUUACUGUUUUCUGCACUUCCUUGACCAGACUUAACUAAAAUGUAAUCACACCUCUGAUAUAUCCAAAGAAGUGUUCAAAAUAUUUUAAAUAUUUGUGCAUUUUAUAAUCACUAAAUUAAUCUCUCUCUCUUCUCUUUAAACAGCAUAGCAGUAUCUGCAAAAACGAAUCUUUUCCUACAACCUGUUAACUGACUGGACUGAUGGUAACAAAGUAAUUGUGGGAGCCAUGUCGGUCAAAAAUUUGGCAUCUGCUGAAAAACAUGAAUGCCAUUUUCAAGUUCCCAAAUUACUUCUAUACUGAUUUCACUUUCCAGAAAUGGAGAUAUGAAAAGAUUCUCUGGAAUGCUUGAAAGACUUAAUAGAAAUACAUGAGACUAAGUAAAUUUUGGAACAAAAUUAUACUUUUCUUUCAUGGGAGUGAUACUCAGUUCUUUGCAUACUUUUUAAACAUUGUAACCAUUGGAGAAGAGAAUUAUAGUAUUUGAUCAAGAAAUAUAUUAGAUUCUUUAAUAAUCAAGAGCACAUUCUAUGGAAUUACAUAUAGUGGACUAGAAUUACAUAAACAGGCCAUCAGUGAUUACAAAGCAUAUAAAGAGUUUGUAUUUAUUUCCUGGAACAUAAGAGCUAAUUUGGAGGACAGAUAGACAUCUUGCAGAGUAGAAUAUAAAAGUUAAUGUAAAGUUCUUAACUAUAAAAAGUAGUUUUGUUUAAAUAGAUGCAUUGAUUUGCCUGUAAAUUUUGAAAAAAUUAUGACAAAAUGUAUGGGUAGUUAUUUGCAAUGUAGGGUAACACUAGGAUGUGUGGAUUCUUGAGAUCGUGGAUUCUUGAGCUUUUUCUGAGUACUUGAUACUGUUUUUGUUUUUUUUUAAUAUUGAGGUUUCUCGUGAGUUUCUACUGUUUUAUAUUAAAAUCUAUAGUGUUAUAUAAGGGCUUUAGUAUUCUGGAUAAUGGGAGUGGCUUUUUCGUGGCAUUUGGUUGUUUUACAAUAUUUUUCUGGUUGUAAGUAUGAAAAAAACUCAAAAACUCUUGAUUGUUUUAUCUCAUUUUUGUUGGGUUAAUACAUUUUCUCACCUGGUUUGGACUGUCAUUUUAAUGACUCGCUUGGGAAUUGUGUAGAUGAUAGAAGAGGGAAAGGGUAGGAGUUAGGCUGUAUUUCACAAUAGCUUUGAAAUUGGCCUUUGUGUGUUAUUAUUCAAAAUGUAUUCGGUCUACCUAGUUUCUUAUAAUCUAAAUGUAUUUAGUUUCCUGUAAAGCCAAGCAGUAAAAAUCAUUCCCACUGACUUAUACUUAAGUGGCUAAUGCUCCUAAAGGACAGGUGAUUCUACAAGUAAAGGUUUAGGUGCCAGUAAUUUUUGGUGAGCAUUAAUUCCUGUUACUUCUGAUAGAACACAAAUUGGAUAAUUCAUCAAUAAUGAGUGAUUAUUUUUUUAAUAUAUAUAGUUCAGCAUUUUGAUGGUAUAAAUUAAGGAUCUCACCAAAUUAAUCUGAUGACUCUUCAAAGUUUAAUAGGUAUUAAGAUACUUAGAAGUAUUUAUUCCCCCCUCUCCAUUUGCUAUCAGUACAGUUUUGAGACCCUUCUAAAUGUUUAUAUUUUUUUCCUGAGCUUUUUUUCAUUUAGUUACCUUCUAAGCCAGGGGUUCAGAGGGGAAGGUCUUCCAUUAGAAACUUGAGAAUGCUGUUUGGUCAGCAUAGUAUUUUUCAUAUUUGAAGCCAAAUACUUUUAUGUGUACUCUGAAUAUUCAGCCACUUCUUGUUUAUAAAGUACUAAUUUUUUGUUGACCCAAUUAUUAAUUUUGCUCAAUUUUCACAACAUUUAAAAGUCUAGUCACUAAUUAUUUGGGCAUUGUAUAAUUCUGCUAUUAUAACAAUUUGAAUUUUAUUGAUAGCCCAGCUUUCCUUAGAAUGUGCUUCCAAAUUCUCUUUCAUGUAUUCCCACAAGAUCGAUUUCUUAAACCACUCUUGACUCUUCAGUGUUUACAAAAUGUUUAGUAUGACCCUUUAAAGCCGUUUAACUACACAAAGUGAAUUGUAAAAGAUUUUAAAUAGUCUGUCUACCCUGACUAGACUGAGAUUAUGAAGAACUGCUUUCCUGAGGGAAGCAGUGUUCUUUAAAGAUGGCAGCUCACAGCAGGUUCACAUGUCAUAUAUCUGCCCUCUGAACAAAAAUUCUGGCAGAUCUGUAGCAACAGACAAAAUAUUGCUUUUAUUGCCUAUGUUGCACAUUUCUUCUAACUGGAAAGAUGAUUUGAGAAAUAUGUAGUAGAGGACAGAUGUUAGAAAUCCUUUUUGACUACAGAAACCAUUAUUAAAGAUUGUACUCAUUUACAGAUGGUUUACCAGGGGGUAAAUAUUCUGGAACAGUUUAAAAAAAAUAGUAAGGUUAUCUAGUUGAUAAAGGAGUCUUGACUAAUUUGUAUUUCUUAUUUUUGAAGUAAGGAAUUUUAGUUAUUUUCACUGCGAUGUAGACUCUGCUUUAAAAGUGAUAGAAUGCAGAUAAAAUGGAGAACUUGAAUCAAAGAACGUUUACCCCCUGUCCUUUUUUGUGUGUGCGCAUUGGGAUUGAACCCAGGGCCUUGCACAUGCUAGGCAAGCACUUUACCAACUAAGCUACAUUCCCCAGCCCCAAACCUUUCCUUUUGAUAUUUUAGCUUGUGAAAGAAACAGGUAAUUUCUUUUGCCUUUUGAAUUUUUACAUCCAAUUUUUUUUUUUUGUACUAGUACUAGGGAUUGAACUUUGAUGUUUUACCACUGAGCCACCUCACCAGCCCCUUUUUUGUUGAUUUUAAAUUUUGAGACGGAGCCUUGCUAAGUUGCUGAAGCUUGUAGUGAACAUGCAAUCUUCCUGCCUCAGUCUCCCAAGUUGCUGGGAUUACAGGCGUGUGCCACUGUGUCUGCCUUUUCUCCUUAGUUAUAAAAGUAAAGCAUAUUUAUAAUAGGAAACUUGAGAAAUCCAGAAAGAAAGCAAAUAAAAUCAUUCUGUAACCCAGAGGAUAGUCACAGCAAACAUUGUGCCACAUUUCCCUUGUGCAAGUUUUGUGUUUUUUUUUUUUUUGCUCCAAUUGGUAUCAUUUCUUAUAUCAAAAAUACAUUUUAUGUGCCUAUUGAAAGAACAAAUCAUCUUUGCUUUUUGAAAAGUUGAAAGUAUAUUUUGUUAAGUCACUUGAAUUUUAAAUUUUGGCAGCUGUUUUCUUUAAAUAGGCUAAGCAUACAAUGCUUAAUAUUUAAGUCACUAUUUGGAAGUAAGUAGUAGUUGAGAUAGGAUCAGGAAUAUGAUAUUGGAUGGGUAAGAUUUGACUUGGUACUCUUCUGUGGUGACUGACUUGCUUCAUAAGAAAAUGCUGGUCUAGAUGUGCACUGUCCAAUUCUGUAGCCGUGGAUCCAUACUUCAGAUGCUAGUGGCUAACAGAAGAUGAGUAUUAUCUAACAUCAGGUUGGACAAUGCUGAUUCAAGGUUCUGUCAUAUAAGAAAAUGGCUUAAAGAACUAGGAUGAGAAAUAUUUGGAAGAAUACAGUACAUUACUUUAAAUAAUUUAAACGUUCUCUUCAUGAAUGAAUUUAUGAAGAUAUUUCAGAAAGCAAAAUAAAGCAAUAGGAAGAAUAUAUAGUUACCAUUUGAGUCCCUGGUGUGUCAUGUGCUAUUAGGUAAUUUACUUAUGUAAUACCAGCCUUCAGUGAGGUAACUGAUAAGGAUACCGAGGAUUAGAAGUUAGUUAACUUGCUUAUUAGUACAUAUAUACUAAAAAGAGUGGUUUAAGUCUCUGAUGAUAAAGAACUAUCCCACAUUAGAUAGAAGCUUUAAAAGAUAGACUUUGUCUAUAUUUUAUAAAAAUAUAGCCUUCUGAGAAUAUAGAUUAGCAUUGAUAUCCUGUGAGGAAAUUUGUAAGUUCUAAAAUUUUAGGAAUUAAUGAUACCUAUGGAAACACUCUGAGGAAAAAAGUAAAAGUAACAUUUGCUAUA